AUGCCAGCUCUGGGGCCCUCCGAGUGGUCUGUGGCGGAUGUCGCUGCCUGGCUCAAGGACGAUUUGGAACUGCCCGAGGGCGUUGUCGCCGCGUUCAAGGACAACGCGGUUGCUGGGCCUGAUCUGCUGGAGCUGAGCGAUGAGGACCUAAAGCAGGAGCUGGGCUGCAAGCCGCUGCAGGCCCGCAAGAUUCGCCAUGCUCUGGAGAAGAUGGGGUUCCACCGCACACCCUCUGGCAGCGCUGUUAUGCAGCAGCCCGCCGCCGAGCCUGCGGUGCCGGUGGCGGCGCCGGCCCCGGCAGCCGCGGCGCCAAUUGCCGCCGCGGUGGUGCCCGCCGCCGCGGCGCCCCCCGCCGGCUACCCGACCGCCGGCUACCCGCCGCCAGCCGGCGAGGUGGCACCCAGCGGCGCGCCGCCUCCUGCAUACCCAUACCCCGCGCCCGCCGCCGCCGCCGAGGCGCCGCCACCUCAGAAGCAGGGGCCCAACAAGGCGGCAGCAGCGGUGGUGCUGAUGGCCCAUCGCAAUAACAAACAGAUGCGGCGCGGCAUGAUGUUCGCCGCCAACAACUGA